AAUUGCUUUUAUUUACCAGCGCAGAAAUCCACAUCAAAAGUAGCAUGGUCUGUGAUUAAUAAAUCCAUUCAAUCAUCAAGAACGCUUCUUAGUAGUAUCUCCAUUGUAGCAUUACACAAAGGUAGCUUGCUUUUUCGUAGAACCAAAAGCGGUUUAAAGAUUCCAAGAUACCAUAAUACUUACCGUCUUAAAUCUUAUAAUCCCUUUAACUGUGAAGUUACUGAUAAAAUCUUGAUGGAUGUAAUGCAAAAUUAUUUAACUAAUCUAAAAUACCAACCUGAAGUCUGCAUGCGAAUUUGCCAACAAAUGUCGGCAGAAGUGCGUGAUAUAAUUUACAAAAAAAACUAUGACCGAUACAAAGUUGUGGUCGUUAUGUCGAUUGUCCAAAAAUUAUGGCAAAAUGUGCAAAUCGAUUUUGGCAAAUUAUGGGACGUUGAAAGAGAUACGUAUUCAACUUAUGUGCUUGAUACCCCGGAAUUUGUCGCAAUGGGCCUUGUCGUAGGGAUUUAUCAUGAAUAAAUGUGUCUAAAAACGAUCAGUGAAUGAAUGUAAACUCUUUGCAGUAGUAACAAUAAUUGAUUAACAACAAUUACUACGGUACGUUAACUUUGAAUUAAAUAGAAACAGAAAAGUAAAUAAAGUACAAUCAGUUAAGUAAAUCUGAAUAAGAAUUAAGUAAGAAAAGUAAAAGAUUUUUUGCAUCAGACACAAACGAAUCGAAUUUUAAUGACAUUAUGGUUAAAGAAAGGAUCAUUGAUCCAUACAAAAACUACAUGAUGUGUUUCACGUUUUCUUUAUUGUUAUUAAAUUAAUAUUUAUCGUUCGUAUAUAUAUAUAUUUAUAUAUUUAUAUAUUUAUAUAUUUAUAUAUUUAUAUGUGUAUGUAUAUAACAGCGACAAGUACAAUGUAUUGGUAUGAUUAUUAAUAAUAAUUGUAAUCGAAGGGCACCGAUGAUUAUAGUGAAAACCGAGAAUGAUGUAUUCGUAACGGUAUCAACAAUGUCAGUUAUGUUAAUGUUAAUGGUUAUAUGUAAUGGAUAAUUGUGACGAUAAUGACGAUGACCAUGAUGAUGACGUUGAUGAUAAUAAAAAUUAUUGAAAUAAUAUUAAUAAAUCGAUUAAAUUUUAAUCGAUACAGUCGUAUAUCUCUUAAACUCCAUUCUUAAUACUUAUAUCGCGCUUUUAUAGAUACAGGGAUACAGAAAAAUAAUACCGCGCGGCUGUGGUGGAAUGUUUUAUAAAUUGUAUAUAUAUGUAUAUGUAUAUAUACAUACAUACAUACGUAUAUAUGUAUAUAUAUACAUAAUGUAUGUAUAAUAUUUAUAUAAAAGAGGCGACCUUACUUAAGUGUAAUUACAAACCGGCGCCGCCGCGCCGGCGCUUAUUUUAUUUACACCGCAAAAAUUAAGCGAAUUAAAAAAAGAUUAACAAGAAUUCAUCAUGUUAAAUCAAACUGCCAAUCUUCGAAAUCACAGGCUGAUAGAGAAAUAAUAUGAAAUUUUUCAUAUUAGUGUACUGUUUUAACGUGAAAACUUUUGCAAACUUUCAAAACCCUUUUUAAUUCUGCAAUUGCAUUUAAAGUAUCAAAAUCAAACUGGUAAUAUUUAUAUCGGAUUCCUGAUUCAGAUAGUAAUGUAAAUUUUAUUAUGUAAAUUUGUUCAUCUGCAGAGAGAAAUUGAAAAACAUUUUAUCUUUCAAUGACUUUCAAACAAUUACGACAGAAAUUAUGUAAAUACGAAUUAUGUAAACCAAUUUAAUAGAUACUAAACAUUGAAAUAUAGUUUGCAAAAAUUUCAUUUAGAAUGCUUCGAAAUUACAUACAUAAUUUGACUAAUAAGGAAUUAAAUUAAUUCUUUCAAAGAGUGGAAGAUUCUUUCGCAGAAAUAAAGUCUGCGUGCGUUCCUUUGAAUUCGCCUAUCUUUCGCAGAGUCUUUUUAUAAUAAUUAGGAUUAAUUGUAGCUUUACUUACGAUCCUACUUGCCGAUCGAUUUACACGCUGCACUAUGAUCCUUGGUCCAUUUUCGACGCAUACGUUUAUUUACAAGGGUUGCACGCGCGCGCGCGCGCGCGGCGGCGGUGAUUUUCCGCAUCGCGAUGUACUAGCAAGCUAACCGCGCGAUCUGAAACCUUUAAUUCAGGAAAAAUGUUACGUAAACUUUUUCUUUGUUCUACGUAACACAAAAACAAAAUAUUAUAAAAGCUUAAUAAAAUAUAAAAUGUGUAUGUGAUAUAAUGUCUCGUAUGAGAAAGAGAGAGAGAGAGAGAGAGAGAGAGAGAGAGAGAAUUCAUGAUAAAAGAUAAAUUAUUUUAUAAUAAACAUUUGGAUAUAGUUGAGAUAGUAACUUAAUCGGUAAUAAUUGCACAGUGUUGCAAAAUGUGAAUUUCAAUCACAAAAUUUCUUGUAGAAUAGAUGCUUCCUAAAACUUCAAUAUACACAGAAUAUGUAUAAAAAAUUCAUUCUAAAUGUUUGUCAGAAAUUUAGCAGUCUCUUUUGCUUUUACGUAAAUAGAUAUCAUAUAUUAUUCUUUACAUACGCCAAUCUUUUAUUGCCUCUUUGAAUAUUCAACUUCCAUUUUACAUAUUAUGCUAAAUUCAGAUCUAAUUAAAGAGAAAUCUGAUUUCAUUUAUUUUAAAUGUAACUUUUUUCUUGUAAUUGUUCGAUAAUUAAGUGAUAGUUAAAAUUAUGUCCAACUAUAUUACAAAUUAUAGAAUAUUAUUGAUUUGAACAAACGUUAUUUGUCUCAUUUAGCUUUUACAAUAUUAAUAACUUAGAAACAGCAUGCGACUUCUGAAACUCUACAUAAUAGAUUCCAUAAAAGAAUUAUUUUCGUCUUGCAGCGACAGUUGAUUAAUAAAUGAUGUUAGAUUAAUUAUACAGAAUUAGUUCGAUCGCGCAAUUAGCCCGCAAUUUGUAAUUUCUACAACAACCAACCGGCUUGAAAAAUCGCCCUCUUCUGUCUCUCGCCUCCGCGAGGGGUUGGGGGAGGCGAGACAUUCCACCUCGCCGUGAUCGGUAUGGAAUUAUUGAAAGUUCUCAAUUUAUUUAUCUCCAUCGUGUGUACGUGUAUAUACGAUUGUUCAUAUGUUCGUGUGUACUGUUCGUGUAUAAUUGUGUGUUGCAUGCUAUUAUUUGUAUAUGACACAUUUACAAUAAUAACAAUACGUUGCUCGUCAUCGACGAUUCAUCUUAACCCGCGUAUGUAUACAUUUAUAUUUAUAUAUUUAUAUAUAUAAUACGAAAAAAGUUUAAUAGGGUCGCCCCAGCACACACCCGCGCGCGCGCGCGCGCGCACGCACGCACACACAUACACGCAUGCACACAUGCACACAUCUCUUCUGCUUCCCUUCUCAUUCUUUCUUACCUUUCUUCUCGUAUGACCAUCAAAUCGUGUAUCACAAAGUUUUCAAAUGCAUGGUUUCGAUUUAAUGUGCGAGCAGUAAAAAUGAUAAUCGUAAUAGUCAGUACGAUGAUCCGCUUGGCAUUCUCUGAUAAAGUCACAUUUGCAUUUCGUAAAGUCAAAUUUGCUUAUAUGGUUUGAUGCGUUUGCAUAGUAAUGUAACGCUUAAUGCUUUGGUAAAUAGUAAAAUGUCACUCCAAAUGUUACGCAAUCCAUCAUUGCUCUUAUUAAUUAAAAAAAUUGUAAAAAAUUCGAUAAAGGAGAAGUAAUAAUAAUAAAUUUUAAUUUUAAGUAAUAAUCCUUUCAUUUUAAGUAAUAAUAAUUAACAAUUAACAAAUCAUGUAUAAGAAUAUUGCAUAAGAAAAAGACACGAAAAUUGAAAAAUCGACUUAGCACAAUUCUCUCUUGCAGUAAAAUAAAAUAUCCAAGUAUUCGUUUACGCAUGCGUGUACAGAGGAUGAAUUUAAUCAAAUAAAAGAUCGGAAAUCGAUACAAUUCCAAUAAGUUUAAUUUUUUAUGUGCACAGAGGUAUAAGAAACUUAUUGCGUAGCGUAUAUAUUUCGUGUAUUUGUUCCUUUCACCGCUCCUUUCGUUCCCAUACAUUCCCUCGCAUUGCCGCAGAUACAUAUUUACAGACUUCGAAAUUGAUUAAGAAUUCUGAUAUUCGCGCCACCCUUUCUCUCCCUCCCUUUCUCUCGCUCUCUUUCACGCCGUUAUAAAAAAUUGAUUCGUUUCGCCUUAAAUCGUUAACACUUUCCUUCCGCCUCCUCUGCCUCGGACCUCCCCUUCCCUCCUAUCCUCGACAAGGACUCAGUCCUCUGGAUACCAAUCAGAUAUUUCAGUACCUGCUGUUUCUCGUGUUAUUGCAUGUAUUCCAUAUUUUGUACUACGUUUUAUAUUACAAUUUCAUAAGAUUAUCGGUAGAUAUUAUCAAAAUCUAAUGUAAAAAUCCAGUUUUAUUUAAAGUGACAUUGCUAGAGUUAUCGUAUAAGAUUAGUCUGGUUACGUUUGAAAUGAAUAAUAUUAUUAAUACUGUAAUUAUAAUUGGUAUCAUAGAACUGAUACAGAUAAUACUGAAAUACAAUGCUAUUAGACAGAAUUUGCAUUGUCAAGAGAUGAUACGAAUUAUGUUGGAACUUCCUGUCAUACAUGAUAUAAUUGAUUAAUAAAUCACCUUACCGAAAAUUGACAAUUAUAUAAUGGCAAUUGCAUUACUCGAAUUGAAACGUGGUAACGAGAAAUUGGCAAACAGCUUGUCGUUCUAAAUGUUGAGCAAUGCGUGUUCAUUCUAUUUUCAAUAUCCACGUUCAAGCCCGAAAUUACAUCAGGAAACGGAAAGAAGCGGUUUUUCAAGUGUGUUAUACGUGCUUUAAAAGACUUACACUCUUCAUCCUGCCUCUUCACACAUAAACGCUUAAGGCUCCAGUUUUCCCUCGCCUCUUAUCGAGCUACCAAUUGGUAUCCAGACGAUGAUUAUCCCCGGGUCAUUCCUGUAGGAAGGCUCGCGGCCAUCAUCAUUACGGCCAUCGCGGUGCUACGAAAAAUAUCUCCAAGAUCAAGCCAUCACAGACAAUAGUUCCGGAUGUCGGAGGUGCGGGGGACUAUAUCGUACAGAGACGAAAGACGUGCGCACUUUCAAGGUUCUUCCUAAAGUUAGCUUACUAAGGUCGUUCUUACAACGGUAACAAGACUUGAUCCUAUUUACAUCUGCCCGUUUCUCCUCCGUUCUGCCUAUCAACACCUCCGUGGAAUGGAUGCUGCCACGCCAAGCCGCGAUGGACCCUCGCGUAGGUACGUUACAUCCCGGAUGUCACGUGGAGCAUCCAUCCGUUUAAUCGUUUCGCUGGACACUCAAGGCCCGCGCAUAUUUACACACUCCGUCGGCGAUUUAGAGUCCUGGACUCCCUCAAGGCCCGCUGGGCCCUGGCCAGCUUACGUUGGGAGCCAUUUACUACGCUGGGACUUAAUAAUGUUAAGGCAUCGUCGUGCGUCGACGAACACGAGUUCCUCUCUAACGUUCGUUGGCAGUAGCGAAAAUGUCGGUCGGGAUCCAUUACCUUCACCCGCUCGAUCCAGGCACUAUCAAACCCCCAUGUCCUCCGAACGCACCAUGAUAUCAUUCUUAUAAGUAACGUGAACAAUCCAAAUACGAUCGUUGAUCCUGAUCUACGCAGGUCGGGAAUUCCGGAAAAAUUUUAAAGACCAAACAUUCGGGUCGCCAAAUUUCAAAGCACAAAAGAUCCUCCGUUAGGCGAAUUGCUUUAGGCUCUACUUUAAAAGCUUAUAUUGCACAAUUUUGCAAUUUGAAGGUAAACGUAAACCUCGGAUAAUCUUGAAAGCUCAACAAUCCAGAUCAUCAUUAAAUAGACUAGAAAUUGAUCACU